CGCCGGGCGGACACCGGUGCGCCUUUGUCUGCCCGUGCAGCGCGCGUGCGCGUGUGAGUGUGCGUGUGUGUGUGAGGGCGUCGUGAUGUGAGGAGGCGAGGGGAUGUGAAGAGCAGCGUCUGCCAUGAGAGUGUUCGGCUGUCGCUGGCCCUUCUGGAACCUGCACAGCGUGGCCCCAGGUCCACCAUCAACUCCCAUCAUGCCUGGUGGGGCACCUGGAACUCCCUCAGCGAAAGCCAAAGAAAAGCUAAUGAUCCGGCCCAAGGUGGUGGUCGCUCUUUACCCAUUCAAAGCAAUUGAAGGUGGUGACAUAUCAUUGGAGAAGGGUGCUGAGUAUGAGGUGCUUGACGAUUCACAGGAACACUGGUGGAAGGUGAAAGACGAGCAUGGGAACAUAGGUUACAUCCCUAGUAACUAUGUGAAGGAGAAAGAAUUACUGGGCCUUCAGAAAUAUGAGUGGUAUGUUGGAGACAUGUCCAGACAGAGAGCAGAGUCACUUCUGAAACAGGAAGACAAGGAAGGGUGCUUUGUGGUGCGAAAUUCAUCCACAAAGGGUCUCUACACACUCUCACUAUAUACCAAAGUUCCUCAUCCCCACGUGAAACAUUAUCACAUCAAACAGAACUCUCGGGGAGAAUUCUUCCUGUCCGAGAAGCACUGCUGCAGCUCCAUACCGGACCUGGUCAACUACCACCGCCACAACAGUGGUGGCCUUGCGUCACGGCUCAAGGCUAGCCCCUGUGACCGCCCUGUUCCUGCCACCGCUGGUCUCAGCCAUGAUAAGUGGGAGAUCGACCCACAAGAACUGAUGUUGUUGGAAGAACUCGGCUCCGGGCAGUUUGGCGUCGUUCGCCGUGGCAAAUGGCGCGGAUCUAUAGAUGUCGCUGUAAAGAUGAUGAAGCAGGGGACUAUGUCAGAAGAUGACUUCAUUGAGGAGGCUAAGGUCAUGACGCGGCUGCAGCACCUCAACCUGGUCCAGCUGUACGGUGUGUGCAGCAAGCACCGGCCAAUCUAUAUUGUGACGGAGUACAUGCGUCACGGCUCGCUGCUCAACUACCUCCGCCGGCACGAGGCCUCGCUCGGCGGCAACACGGGCCUGCUGCUCGACAUGUGCAUACAGGUGUGCAACGGGAUGGCGUAUUUGGAGCGCCACAAUUAUAUCCACAGAGACCUGGCAGCACGGAAUUGUCUGGUUGGUUCAGAAAAUGUCGUGAAGGUUGCCGACUUUGGUUUAGCAAGGUAUGUUUUGGAUGACCAGUACACGAGCUCUGGUGGCACCAAGUUCCCCAUCAAGUGGGCACCCCCUGAGGUGCUCAACUACACCAGGUUCUCUUCGAAGUCCGAUGUUUGGGCUUAUGGAGUCCUGAUGUGGGAAGUGUUCACAUGUGGCAAAAUGCCUUACGGGCGUCUCAAGAACACUGAAGUCGUUGAAAGGGUGCAAAGGGGCAUUGUACUGGAGCGACCAAAGGCGUGUUACAAAGAGGUGUAUCAGGUGAUGCGCAAGUGCUGGUGCCAUGCGCCGGAGGACCGCCCGUCAUUCCGGUCACUCAAGGAGCAGCUGGUGAGCGUCUCACAGGGUGUCAUGGCUGACUGACUGCCCCCGGCACCCUCCCCUCCGGCUGCCCCACCGCCGCCGCUCCUGGAUUCUGUGUCCACGCCUGCAUCUGUACCUGUGCCCACUCCGAGCCCAGCAUGCAUAUUCUGCACAUCCUACGGCCAUCCUUGGGCCGAACUGUGCCGUGCCAUCCAAGCAAGCCGUCGGACUGCUAAGUAGUGGCAGCAAAUGGGCGCUGUUAGUGAGGCUCAGGCCAUCGGCUGUCGUACUGCGGCCAAUGUCUCAGUGGAGGUACAUCUUCUGUUGGCAGACAUUAUCUAAUAACUUAUCUGUCCAUCUCGUCUGUUUGAUCUCAUGUCGUACACUGAUUUGUUAUAUUUGGAGGUAUACUCCGUGUGUGUAUCACCCUGAAGAAGUGUUUUUUUUUUUUGUGCAGUGGUAAUUGUAAUAUUUUAAAUGCGUCAGAAGUGACUCGGAAGACACUGUUAUGGCUGAACAUUGAAGUUAAUGAUACCACAUGUUUAACCAGGUGAUUGAUCUUCUGCCUGGCUGCACAUAUUCUUGACUGUAGUUUUGUGUGUGAUGGUACCCAGUCUGGAAACUGUUGUGAUUCCUGAUUCAUAAAUUGUAUUUAUUCCUAAUGACCCUAGUCUCUGUAUCUUGAUAUUACUCAAAUGAAUUUUGCUGCGAGCACUAGAUUAAUGGAAGGAAUCAUUUUAGCUGUUGUCGUCGUGCCAUACUCUGUAACCAGCAGUGGGUGGAUUGUAUGUGAAGUUAGAACUCUGGCUGUGAGGGUGAAUACUGCUGCCAUUUGCUUGGACAGUGUAUGUUUUUAGUGCUUUCCUCUGCUACUUUUAUCAAGAUCUUGUACGCACAAUGUCCUGGAAUAGCAGUGUGAGUAAUUUAUUAGGAAAGCCUCGUGUUAAAAUGUUAGGAAGAUUUUUUACUACUGCAAUUAUUUUUUGGUAAGCUGUUGUAAUAUUUUAUUAAAUUGUUAGAAAUUAAUUUCUGAGAUGUGUGUGUUUGCCAAGAAGUUCCAUAAUUGGGUAUUUAUAUAUAUGUGGUUGCAUGUGAUACGUUGGAUAUGUUAUAUCCUCUGAAUUAGAAAUAAUUUUAUAUCUGCUGUCUAAACAUUAGAAUGUGUGUGUGUGUGUGUGUGUGUGUGUGUGUGUGUGUGUGUGUGUUUGUGCGCGCGGGCGCUCGCUGAGAAAUUGUAAGGUUUUUUUAUUGUCUUGAUAUAUAAGGUACCAUUACACAACGCUUCCUCAUGUGUUGAGGUUUUAUUGAAAAGACUUAGAAAUGUAUCACUAUUGGACUGAAAAUAGUUCAUAGCUGUUUCUCAAAUUGCAACUUGGAAGUAUCUUUAGUUAGGUAAUUACCAAUAGAUUAAUUUAUUUAAGCAGGGAAUCUUCAGUGGAAUAGAAUACAUGACAUUCCUGGUGUUGUAGUUCUGAAUUUCUGGUGCACAAAAAUAAAUUUUGUGACCUUAAAAGAAUAUGUCUUACACAAUUAAAAAGAAACAAAUUACUUGUCAACAGAUUAUAAAUGUAUGCUCUGCUUCAUAAUAAUUUGUUAAUGACAAUUCACAGUUAAUCAGUUUUCUGUUAGAAACUUUUAGGGACCAGGUAAUUUUUAACUAAUCAACAAAGAAACUUUGCUUUAUCUCUUUCUUCAUUUGGAAAUUUACUGCCUUUUGUAAUGUCCUAAACACUGGAAUUUUGAGUAAAUGAAAAAAAGAAAAAAAAAUCUGACAGCAUAGUCACAAGCAUAUUGCUGCUACUCAGAAAUGUCCUUUCCUAAUGAUUCACUGUUAACAAGAUAAGGUUGUGUAACUUGGUUGAAAAUAUUCACAACAUCUUGUACUUAAUAUUGUUGUGUGCCUAGCAGUAGAUUUUGCUGAGUGUCAUGAACAUAGUUUAGGCACUGUACUUACACAAAAACUGGAAAGGUGACUUUUUAAUUUCUUCUAUAGCUCAGAGUGUGGUUUUUCAGUUUUGGAAUUGAUAGACUUUUUCCCAUCGUAAAUGAAUGUAAAAAUUCAUUUUAACAGCAUAAUAAUGUAAAGUAAGAACUUUUUGUCCAGCGUAGCUGUUAAAACAAGAAUGUAUAUUUUUGGCCUCGUAGAUGUGUGUGUGUGUGUGUGUGUGUGUGUGUGUGUGUGUGUGUGUGUGUGUGUGUGUGUGUGUGUGAGAGAGAGAGAGAGAGAGAGAGAGAGAAGGGAGAAAUUUGUAAAGCAGGUGUGUAAAAGGAAACCUCUAUCACUUCUCAUGUAAUAUUCUGUUUGAAAUUGCCAUAUUUCAGUACAUCAAACAUUUUAAAGUUUAAGGUCACUGCUUAAUAUAAUGUGAACCGCUGUGUACAGUAAGAGGUAGUUAGAUUGUUUAUCAAAGCUUGAAAUAUUUCAUAUGUACAGUGAGAGUGCAUAUGUGCACAUUUGUUCAGGUGCUCAAUGUAACAUUCACAUGAUAAAACCAGUUAAUUUCUGAAGUAAGAUUAGGUUUUAAUGUCUCUUUCUACAUCAUUUUAGUUCCUGCAGAAUAAAUGUAGCAUGUAGUCUUUUCUGCAACAGUAUUCCACUGUGUUCCUAUGUCGUAGGUGCAGUACACUUUAUAAAAAGUUGUAGCUGACUGUUCUUCGUCCAUAUUUUGAUCAGAAGUAUUGCAAUUUCCUUUUUAUAUAAGAUCAUGGAACUUAAAACUUCCUUUUUAUGCAUCAUGGUUUGGUGUGUGGCCAUCAAAAAUAUCGAUUGCAAACUGCUCAUGGCAGCAGGAACAUUCUUGGACUUCCAUUGCAGUUUAUUUAACUGUAGUGCAGACUGUAUUGUAUACUGAAACAAAAAUUUUAAAAUGCCCAGAGUAAGUGUUCAAGUGUUCAUUUGAAAAAUGUACUGCCAUGUGUUGUUCUUGUGAUAUUGAAUAUCUUUCAAUACUGAUAUAACUGUUGGAUGGUUAUAAUACGGCACUGAUUGCAAGAAAAAUGUCAUUUUAUACAAAUUCUAUGUGAAAAUGUUGUGUGCUUAUUGCCUGUUUAAGAUGAGAGGACUUUUUGUAAAAUUUGCCAUUGGUUGAAUCUCUGUAAGCAGAGGUUGUCUAGUAGUGUUGUUAGAUUAAUAGCUAUGUUUAAUGUCAACAGUGUUUUAGGAGUGCUUAUUUGUUGAUGAAGACUUUUUAUUUAUAUUGUAAAUGCUGAGUGAUAGGCAUAGAGCAUAUAUCUAGUAACCUUUUUUGUGUAAAUAGACCCAUUUGUUUAAAAACAUUUGUCAGGCUAUACUUGAAUCCCGAUAUUUAGGGGAUAAUGAUUUAGUGCAGUUUUAUUGUUAUUAGAACUAAGAACUGCAUGCAUAAGAUUGGAUACUUCCCCUAGUUUACCAUUUUAUCCUGUCUUUAUUUUAUAUUCCUAGACUGUGAUAUGUUUUACACUGCUGUUGUUAAAAGAUCAGAGUAAAGUGGAGUGCAGAUAUAUUGGCUGAUCUCUUAACAAUACUGUGUUUCACAGAACUGAAUUAAGCAGUAGUGUGAAAGAAAAAAAGUUUGUAUUUUUGUGUUUCAGUUAUCAGGUGGCCACAGUAUUGAGAGCUUUUGUGAUUAUAUAGUUUGUGUACCUCUAUAUUCCGUGACCCAUAUUAUAGUGUCAUUAUUUCUAUGCAAUUAUAAAACUUCAUGAUAUGACAGAUAUCAAUUGGAUUUCAAUACUAAAUAACUGCUGGGAACUUUUGAAUCACAUUGGAAAAUUAUCUGAUGUGGCAUAUGUAAGAAAUUUCCUUAACUGUGAAGCUGGAAGAUUUUGUCAGAAGUGCCAAAGCAUAUACUGCCUUGUACACUUUUUUAUUAAUGAAAAUCAGUAAAUAGACAAGUAUAACAGUAAAAUUUUUCUAGCAGAUUUACAUUCUCCAAAGAUAAAUAUUCUGAGGAAAGCACAUAAAAAGUCAGAAUGGAAUGCUCCAUGCAGUCAAUAUUAUCUAUUGAGAUCCCAUUUCUCCAUAUCCUCUUUAUGAUGGAUUGUCAGUAGCUCCUAGCACGAUAGCGUGCUAUUAACAGGAACAAAUGUAGUUGUCUAGAAUGUACAUGAUGCAUGUAGCAUCUCAGAUAUGGCAGUUACUGAUGAUGUAACAGAUGCUGCAAGUAUACAGUCAUUACUAGUAGCAAUUUUAAGUGGAAGUUUAGGUCCUCACUUUGGCAUAAAUUACUAAAGUGCUUAUGACACAAAGUAGUGUCAUUUAGAAAAACUUCAGCAUCACAAUUAUGUUCCUCAAAAACUCAUAAUCAAAUCAAAACCUCUUGAAUAUAUGUGCUUUCUCAUGCUUUAAAUGAGGUAACUGAUGCUGAAUGUUAAUACGUUUAAGUUUAAGUAAACUGUGGAAGGAUGAACAAACAUCACUGAGGGCUAUUCAGAAAGUAAACUCUGCUAGGCUGUAAAUAAAAUGUUGCAAUACUUAAAACAAAUUUACUAUAAAUGUCUUGAAACUAUACCUUUCAUGUAGUUCCCUACAAAAACAUCAUUCAGAUUUAAGCAAUUACCAGCUCUCCUAAUGAAUUCAGUAAUUCCCUCUGCAUAAGAUCCUGCUGCCUGCAGUUGCAGCCAACCCAUGGCAGCAUCUUCAAGUUCAGUACUGUCAAAGGAUUGGCAGCGAAGCCAGUUUUCUUGUGUGGGGAAAAGUGGAAGUUUCUUGGUGCCCAAUUUUCACUUUAGGGUGAACACUCAAAAACGAGCCAGAACAUUGGUAGAGAGACCACAUUUUAUUUUGAAUCUUAGUUAUCUUAAUGGUUCAUAGCACACUUCAUAAUUGCUUAUCCUUCUACAUUCUAUAAAAGCCACCAACAAUACUCCUUUAGUGUCCCAAAAGAGUGGUAGUGAAAAUCAGUGUAGCUGACAGAGUCAGCAUGUUGUUGUGGUUUGUUAGAUGUGGUGGUAUGAUCUCACAGCUUUGACUGCUGUUUUGUCUCCACAUACCUGUCUCAUUACAGAUCACGAUUGUGUCUGGUAGGUUUUCUCCUCAAGUAUUGUUACCAAAAAGAAGUUUAAGACAAGCAGUUACACACUGAGUUUUGUGGCUCUUGAAAAGGAGUUUUGGAACCAUUAAGCACAGCAGUUUAUGUACCUCAGCUGUUUAGUCAUGGUCUUUGGCAAAGCACUGAGAAACAUGUGUAAAGUUAUCUGAAAGGUGAGAUAGUUGUGAGGCACUAUUCUCAUGAAUUACUUCAACAUUUAAAACCAGUUCAUUGCUGGGUACAUAUGAACUGCCAAGUAGUCUAUUACCAUUAUGUGUAUUCGCCCUUCCAUUCUUAAUCAUCUUCAUUCAUGACGUUCCAUCCAUAUGCAGCACAUUCCUCAAGGGUUUUUUUUUUUUUUUUUUACAUCGUCUGUGAUUUUCCAUUACAGUGCUCACCUGAACAUCUACUGUAGGCCAACGAGAAGCAAUGGAGCUUUCUCUCUAUAGCAGGUCUGAGCUCACUCAUUUGCUGCCCAAUUCAGUGUAGUAGCUGUUCUGUCCCACCCUGUUGCUUCCCACGCUACAGAGAUUACUUUCUGGCCCUCAUGAAUUCCCUCUUUAGUGGCACUUGCUCGAUUCCUCAUCCUUUUAAUUUCCCUCAAUUGUAAUAUUAACAAGAAUUGUUGCUCAAAAAUCAUUUACUUUAUUUAUCUGUAAAACAUUCCAGCUACUAUUACCGCAUUAACAAAAAGUUGCUGGCCUUCUAAUUGUUGCUCAGAUCUACAUAACAACUAAUCCCAGGGAAAUUAACAGAAAAGUGCCAGAACUAAUAGUCUUAGUACAUUAGGACUGAAGUAUUUGAAUCAUAUUCUGGAUCUCAGCAGAACUAAUUUUGUGUGGUCCUUCCUCAAAAUUGGUGUUCAUAUUAGUAGUUCCUAACCCUUCUUAUGUUCUUCUAAUCAACUGAAGGAAGCACUAAGCGAUAAUAAUACAUACAUUUGUGUUGUUACAUUGUGUGUUUUAAAUUAGUAAUGAAAAUUUCCAUUGUUCAGUCUUGGGAUUUUGAUUCUAGUGUGUAAAGUUCUGUUAUGGAGCUAACUUUGUACAUUACUCUUCCAAAUAGUGUAAGUGCUUGCUUUUCACUUUAACUUCCAGUCACUUCCCCUCCUUCUCUGUAUAGCUUGAUAAGCUUUAAAAGAAGAAAAUAUAAUUAUGUAAAACUGUCAUGUCAAUUGCUAAAAUAGUUCAGCAGGCAGUGCUGGGCUGUGCUGUGCUUUCCUACAGAAGCUUAACUCAAGAAAAUUACUUCAGCUGUUUGCAUUUAAGUGGUAUCCAUAACCUUUUAAAUUUUGCAAAUGGAGGUGGAUUUAUUUUUUUGACCUAUCAUAGAGAGAGCCAUUUGUUACACAGUUGGACAUUUCUUUUCUUUGAGCUACCUGGGGAAACAAAUACUGAAUGUAUGAAGUGUUCUCUUGUAUUUAAAAGUUAACUCAAGAACUGUUGUAAGAUUCUGUAAACUUUUAAUAACAUUGUGUAUUUAUUUCUACUA